AUGAACUUUUCCGGCAAAUACCAGCUGCAGAGCCAGGAAAACUUUGAGCCUUUCAUGAAGGCGAUCGGUCUGCCUGACGACCUCAUCCAGAAGGGGAAGGACCUCAAGGGGGUGUCAGAAGUUGUGCAAAAUGGCAAUCACUUCAAGCUCACAGUCACCACUGGGUCCAAGGUGAUCUACAAUGAGUUCACUUUGGGCGAGGAGUGUGAGAUGGAGUCCAUAACUGGGGAGAAGAUCAAGGCUGUGGUUCAGCUGGAAGGCGAUAACAAACUGGUGACAACUUUCAAAGGCAUCAAGUCCACGACCGAACUCAAUGGCGACAUAAUCACCCACACCAUGGUAUUGGGCGACAUUGUCUUCAAGAGAAUCAGCAAGAGAAUCUAG